AUGACCAGACUGGAGACUGUGCACAAGAAGUACACCGAACUGUUGGCGGACAUGAAGAAGCUGGAUCGCGACUAUGCCAAAAGCAAAAAGCGGGCCGAUCAACUCCAGAAGGACCAGGACAAGGGCAAGUCGGAACUGAACAAGACUGUCACCAUGAAAGAUAAGCUGGAGAAACUCUGCCGAGAGCUUACCAAGGAGAACAAGAAGGUCAAGGCGCAUGUUCGACAGGAUGAAAACAAAAAACUGGAGGAAACCGAGAAAAAGGCACGGCUGAUUGUGAAUGAACGGCUUGACUCUCUGUUGUACGAUAUCCAAGAUGUCAUGGCAGCGAAGGGCAACCCGCGCAACGAAAAGCUAGAUAUCGACUUGGACGAGGCUCUGCGCGCCAAAAUUAAGACCAUCGGCGAAAAGUUCGAAAUGCGAGAGUUGCAUUAUAAAGCGCUCUUGCGCAGCAAAGAUGCCGAGAUCCAGUGCCUGACUGCCAAGUACGAAGAACAGCGCCGCGCUGCCGAAAAUGAAGCGGCCCGUUGUCGUGCGCUCAGUUCGCAGGUGUCUACUUUUUCGCAUACCGAAGCCGAGUUGCGUAGCCAACUAAAUAUCUACGUUGAAAAGUUCAAGCAGGUGGAGGAUACACUCAAUAACAGUAAUGAACUGUUUCUGACAUUCCGCAAAGAGAUGGAGGAAAUGUCGAAGAAAACUAAACGGUUAGAGAAGGAGAACCUGACGCUCACGCGCAAGCACGACCAAACGAACCGAAACAUACUGGAGAUGGCCGAGGAACGCACGCGAAACCAUGAAGAGUUGGAAAAGUGGCGAAAGAAGAGUCAACAUCUCGAAGCGCUUUGCCGGCGAAUGCAGGCCCAGGGCCGUGGGCAGGGUCUCACAGGCCAGUUGAACGGCGACGAUGAGGGAACAGAGAGCGAGUACGACGAAGACUACGAAGAUGAUGAGGACGACGAGGGUAUCAGCGACGACGAAUACGAGUUGGACAAUUCGGAGAACGACAUCAACGGCGGCCGUAGCGCUCCCCAGGCGACUGAGAAGCCUGUCUUUGGGCCACCCCCGCCACCUAACCUUCUGGAAGCGCGAGCGAACGGAAACAAAGCCAUGAUCAACGGAUGCCACUAA